GCUUUCCCAUACACCCCAUCGCCGCGAUUUCUUUCACCGCCUCCUCCGCUGCUGUGCUUCCGAUUCCUCUUCUUCUUCGCCAUGGAUUUCGAAUUGAACUACGAAAUUUCUCGCACCGUCGAUUACCUUCGCGCCGGAAACUUCACCAGAGUCGCGUUGCAGUUUCCUGACGAGCUGCUGAAGGACUCGCCGCGGGUGGCUAAGGCCCUGAGGAGCGAGCUCGGGGCGGGGGUCCGGCUGUUCGUCAUGGCGGACGCGGCGUAUGGAAGCUGCUGCGUGGAUGAGAUUGGGGCCUCGCAUGUGGAUGCCGAGUGUGUGGUGCACUAUGGGCACGCUUGCAUGAGCCCAACGUCGACUUUGCCUGCUAUGUUUGUGUUCGGGAAGGCCUCUAUCGACAUAAAAGAUUGCGCUGAUCUAAUAGGUCACUGCUUAUCAUCUACCAACAAACCUAUUCUGGUCUUGUAUGGACUGGAGUAUUCACAUGCAUUGAUGCAUCUCAAAGCAGUGGUAGCUGAAUCGUUGGUAUUGAGUCACUCCAACUGGGGCCCUAUGGUGAAAUAUUCAGAUGUCAUUGGUUCAGUGAUAAACCCAUCACAGGACUGUACAACAGAGAAAGAUCAAAUUAGGUCACUAAAUGGUUCCAUUACUAAUGCUGGAUUCACUAGUGGCAGAGAUGAGAAAAAGAUCCUUAAGUUUGGUAAUGGCCGAAGAAUGGAAAAUGGUACCUGCUUCGAACUUGGAGGACUGACAUGGAGUAUCCCAUCAGAUCACAAGAUAGAGGACUACUUAUUAUUCUGGAUUGGACCCGAGAAUUCUGCAUUUACCAAUGUUGUGCUUACAUUCAAUAACUGUGAAAUAAUCAGGUAUGAUGCUGAUGAAAGACGCUUGCUGGAGGACACCUCUUGUCAGAGAAGAAUUCUCAAGCGUAGAUAUUACCUUGUGGAGAAAGCAAAGGAUGCAAACAUUGUUGGCAUAUUGGUUGGCACUUUAGGUUGUGCUGGUUAUCUUAGUAUCAUCCAACAAAUGAAAGAACUGAUUAAGGGGGCCGGAAAGAAGUCCUAUACACUAGUAAUGGGAAGACCAAACUCUGCCAAACUCGCAAACUUUCCCGAGUGUGAUGUUUUUGUCUAUGUCUCUUGUGCCCAAACCGCAUUGCUGGACAGCAAAGAAUUUUUAGCUCCAAUCAUCACUCCUUUUGAAGCUGCAUUAGCUUUUGGCAGGGGAAGACAGUGGACAGGAGAAUAUGUUUUAAAUUUCCACGAUCUGAUGGUUUCUAGUGGACCAGAAGCUGUCAGUGGCACCAAAGAAGCUCGGUUUUCCUUUAUCAAAGGUGGUUAUAUGGAAGAUAUUCAGCCUGAAGAAAAUGGUGAACAUGAGGAAAGGUCCCUUGCAUUGGCAGAGACCACUGAGAAGGCACUAAAUUUGCAAAGCCAGCAUCCUAAUACUAUUAUGUUCAAAGGAGCUGCUAGAUCUGGGUCGGAAUUUUUUGCAGCUCGUUCCUACCAGGGUCUCAACAGGCAAUAUGAAAACCUGGCUCCUCAAUCCUAUGUGAUAGGCAGGUCCGGCAGAGCAUCAGGUUAUGCAGAUGAGAAAAUGCAAGAAAAAUAAUCACCUGGUGCUGCUGUAUGACAUGCUUAAUAUGGUAGCAGUUGGUCUAUUGUGCAUAUUCUGCGCGAGUAAAGCAUUCACAUGGUGCUAUUUUAUGAUAUGCUGUUUAUGGGAUACUGAUCAUGGAUAUAUGCCAAGGGAUGACACAUCAAAAGACUAUGGAUAUACUGAUUAGGCACGACAACUUCAAAAAUGGGUGAGAUUUGCCAGCCAGAUUGGACAUCGAGUUGAGUUGUCUCCACUGAAUAAUUAGUUUUGUUAGUGAUGUUUUGUUUACAAUUUUGUAGAUGUGGCCAUAUUUAAAUAUGUUAAUCUCAUGGUCAGGGUGUUGUUCUUAAUCCAUUUGUUGGCUGCCCUUGGCCUGCUUUCUUUUGAUUUGGGUGCUGCGGAAUCUUGUUAUUUUGUUUCGACCAGUGAACAUGUUUUCAUUUCUUCCUAGAAGUUGUAAAUUUGUGUGUGUAGACGAAAUGCAGUUUUAACAAAUGGUUUUGGUCCUUUCA